GAGAAGACGACACGACAAGAAAGAAAAAAGAGGGGGCAGGGCGGGACGGGAGGUUUCCUUUUUUCUUUUCCAACUCAAUUCUUCUCCGGCGAGAUCUUCCUCGGUCUCUUCCUCUUCUCUCCGUGAAUAUGGAAACGCCUUCCGUCUCCACCGCCAAACCGCAAGCAGUUGAAGACGCGGUUGCCUCAACCGCCGAUAUUUCCCAAUCGCAGCCACAGCCACAGCCGCAACCGCUGUCACAUGAACUCGAUGCUUCACCAGUUGCUGGAUCUUCCGAUGUUGUUGUUGUCUCAGAUGAUGAUUUCGACCACGAGAGAAACAUGGGCGAGGAUCGCGAUCACGAUCACGGCGAUAAUCCGAUCGAUACCGACGGUUCUGUUGUUCCAGAUGAUGAUGAGUUGAAGCAGAAGAUCAUCAGACAGGUUGAGUACUACUUUAGUGACGAGAAUUUGCCUACUGACAAGUUUCUUCUUAAUGCUCUGAAGAAGAACAAGAAAGGCUUUGUUCCCAUAUCUACCAUUGCUACAUUCCAUAAAAUGAAGAAGCUUACGCGCGACCUUGAUUUAAUAGUAUCUGCCUUGAAGGAAUCGUCAUUUCUUGUUGUCAGCUCGGAUGGGAAGAAGGUGAAGCGUCUGAGUCCACUUCCUGAGGUCAGGGAUCCAAAGAUUUUCACUGUUUUGGUAGAAAAUUUGCCGGACGAUCAUUCCGAGGAGAACAUUCGUGCUAUAUUUGGUAAAGCUGGAAGCAUUAAAAGUGUAUCCAUAUGUGAUCCAAAUGCUGCUGAAGAAUCAGAGAAGGGUUGUAAGAAGGACAAAUUCAUCCGUACCAGAUUACAUGCAUUUGUGGAAUAUGAAACAGUGGAGGCAGCUGAGAAAGCGGCCGCUACACUGAAUAACGAGCAAGACUGGAGAAAUGGGUUGCGAGUUAAGCUUCUUGAACAAGCAGUAAAGUAUGCACAGAGGAGACCAGCUAGGAAGGAAGUAGAUUCAGAGAAGGACAAUACAGGCCGAAUGCAUGAUCAAACUGGAGGAGAGAACAAAAAGGCAAAUGAACAUCAGCAUCACCAUCAUUCUGAUACUCCGGCUGAUAAUGAUGCGGGGGAUAAAAAUGGGAACAAAACCAGAGGUCGGGGACGGGGAAGGCGACAGAAUCAUCAAGGCAGCAACAGUAGUGGACAUGGAACUUCACCAUCAAACUCAUCAUCGUUCCAUCAUAAUUAUAAUCAGCACCAUCAUCAUCCGGUGGAUGUCUCAAAGCGUCCGCCCGGCCCGAGAAUGCCUGAUGGGACGAGAGGGUUCACAAUGGGGCGUGGUAAACCGCUUCCUACUCCUCCCACGUCUGCUCAAACUAACCAAGAAGUUUGAUGGGUUUCUCAUGUGUGUGGUUGCGUUUCGCUUAAAGUGUGAAAACAUAUGUAAGUAGUUAUGAACAGAGAUGUUGUGUGGGAUUUGGGUGUUCUUUUGGCAUCUGCAAGUACUCUGAAUCCUCACUUGGGUAUUCUAGCUUUUGUGUUGUUGUGAAUGUUAAGUCUUUCUUGAAUGGAAAUUAAAGGGAAUCCAAUCUAUUU